CUCCUCCCAGCGACUCCUUCCCUUUCAAUUCCUUUGAUAAAUAGCUUCCCCUCUAAUGGCUUUUGCUUUGGAAACUGCACCUCCUAACUCCUGCCAGAGACAGUUCUCCCCAGCAUGAGCGCUGUCCCGCUCCCCUCGGCCAGGACAGCAGGUCUUCCCCUUAGCUUCUUGUUUCUGCUUUCCUUCUGGGUAGACCGAGGUGUGGUAGCUAAGGAGCUGAAGUUUGUGACAUUGGUAUUUAGGCAUGGAGACCGAAGUCCCAUCGAAACCUUUCCUAAUGACCCCAUCAAAGAAUCCUCAUGGCCACAAGGAUUUGGCCAACUCACUCAGCUGGGCAUGGAACAGCAUUAUGAACUUGGACGGUAUAUAAGGCAAAGAUAUAGAAAAUUUUUGAAUGAGUCCUACAAACGUGAACAGGUUUACAUUCAAAGCACGGACGUUGACCGGACUUUGAUGAGUGCUAUGACAAACCUUGCAGGCCUAUUUCCCCCAGAGGGUAUCAGCAUCUGGAAUCCCAGCCUACCAUGGCAGCCCAUCCCGGUGCACACAAUCUCUCUUUCUGAAGAUCGGUUGCUGUACCUGCCUUUCGGGGACUGCCCUCGGUUUAAAGAACUUAAGGAUGAGACUCUCAAAUCGGAGGAAUUCCAGAAGAGGCUGCAUCCUUAUAAGGAUUUUAUAGAAACCUUGCCAACAUUUACAGGAUACCAUACCCGGGACCUUUUUGGAAUGUGGACUAAAGUCUAUGACCCUUUAUUUUGUGAGAGUGUUCACAAUUUCACUUUACCCUCCUGGGCCACAGAGGACACCAUGACUAAGUUGAAAGAAUUAUCAGAAUUGUCCAUCCUGUCUGUCUAUGGAAUUCACAAGCAGAAAGAGAAAUCUCGACUGCAGGGGGGUGUCCUGGUCGGUGAAAUCCUCAAUCACCUGAAGAGUGCAACUCGGCCAUCAAACCACAGAAAACUUGUCAUGUAUUCUGCACAUGAUACUACCGUGGCUGGCUUGCAGAUGGCACUAGAUGUUUACAAUGGAAUCCUUCCUCCCUAUGCUUCCUGCCACAUAAUGGAAUUGUAUCUUGAGAAUGGGGAGUAUUUCAUAGAGAUGUACUAUCGGAAUGAGACGCAGCACGAACCAUAUCCCCUCACAGUGCCAGGCUGCACUCCCAGCUGUCCUCUGACCAAGUUUGCUGAGCUGGUUGCCCCUGUGAUCCCCCAAGACUGGUCCACGGAGUGUAUGACCACAAGCAACGACCAAGUUCUAAGGGUCGUCCUUGCUGUUGCCUUUUGCCUGGUGUCUGGUGUCCUCGUGGUGUUGCUGCUUACCCUCAUCCGCCAUGGGCCCUGCUGGCACAGAGACCCCUAUCGGAAUAUCUGAACAGAUGGCUGAAUAAGGGCGGACACACCACACCAACCACCGACCUCCUGGGAUGCAGCACCUCUCAGUGAUGCCUCAUGGAAAGGACUGGCUUUCACCAUGUGGACAUCACCCUGCCCACACCCUUCCCUUUGAGCCUGGCUAGAGCAGGGGCUGAACUCAUAGUGACCCAGGGACUGAUGAAUGAACCCCAAGUUACUUGGUUAAGUCUCCUGAUGGUUAGGUCUCCUCAUCACAGUGCAAGCUUCUCACGCAGCUAGAAAGAAGUUCUUCUGCAAAGGAUAGUUGUAUUCUCUGGCAUGGAUGUCCAGAAAGAAAGAAAGAAGUUAAACUCCAACCAGCCUUUUGCCUUCAAAGAGCAAAUGGUUACAACAUGUGACAACAUAGAUUAAAGAAGACUGGAUAAUGACAAUACUUACACCAGAAAUAGUAUCAUGUAGGAUGAUUCUUAAGAAAUAAGACCCAACCACAAGGUGUAAAUAAAUCUUUUUUUUAGCUGUUAAGUAGGUUGAAUACAAACAUGUAUACACUCCUGAAAAGAAACUCCUACCCAGUGUUUGAUAGCUAACAGAUUUCUGUAUGUGUAUACAUACUAACACAUACAAACACAGAGCUGUAUUGAAACUGCCUUAGAGAGAGGUAUUUAAUUCUCAGAAACUGUAAUAUCAACUAUUGUAAUUGUUGCUCAGGUCAUUUUCCCCACAAUUUCUAUAAUGGGGAAUAACCAGGAA